CAAUAACAUUAAAACACAAAAAACAAUUCAAAGUGUUAAGCCUAUUCAAGAUUUAAGCAAGUUAAUAAAAUAUAAACAAUAUAAAAAAGUAGCAACUUUUUUUUCAAAAGUAUUUUAUAAUGAAGUACAAUCAAUAUCUUAUUCAAGUGAUAAAAUAAUUCUAAAUGAAGUAAUAUUUUCAGCAAAUGAGCAACAGUUUCGAGUUAUAUAUAAUCAGCAAACUAAUGAGGAUCUAAAAGUAUUAGCCAUUGUAUAUACAAUAGAUAAGGAGCAUAUUUCUCGUAAUAUGUAUCAUGUCAUUACAAAAAUUAAACAAAAUUUAUCUAAAGAGUGGGUAAUUUUCAAAAUGAAGCAACAAAUUGAUAAUCAAAUGCAACAAGCAAUUUCAAUUCAAACUAUUAAUUUAGAUGCUAAUAUUUCACAAACUAACUUAGAAAUAAAUGAAAGUAUAAAUAUUGAUGAUUUUGAAAUAGUUGAAGAAGUUACAAAAUCAAUAGGAAAGGCAGCAUAUAGGUCUUUAAAAGAUAUUUUGUCCUAUAUUAUUCCUUCUUUAGUUCAAAAAGGAGUUCUCUGA